GAAAAUCCAACUGCGCCACGGGGCGGAGCGGCCCCCCCAGCCCCGGCCUGGGAGGGGGGGCCGCUCGACCCCCUGGGAGACCUUGGGGAGUCUGAACACCUGGGACACCCUAGAAUCAGGUUCCCCCAGGCACCAUGCCAGCCCCGUAGUACCACCCACCUCACCCACUGUGGUCUGCUGCACCCCACUGUUGGGGCACUGAUUCCAAUGAGACAGGACACACAGAACUCCAUCCGGCUGUUACUGAGGCGGAGACGCGGGUGAUGAUUGGCUUACUGGGCAGAGAGGAAGUCCUGUGAUUGGCUGGAUUCCUGGAGCUCGCCGACGCUGUGAGAGGACGCUCCCACGGAGGCCGGAGGCCGGAGUUAGCUGUGAAAGGCCCUGGACGACCAUCUGGGGGCAGUGGGCUCUUCUGUCAGAGCGGCUGGAGUUGGGACCAUUGCCCCUGAGAGCUGGGGUAGGGGGCCGUGCCCGAUCUCCAGGGCUCCUGGGGCCACUGCUGACCUGGCUGGAUGCAUCGGGCAGUGGACCCUCCAGGGGCCCGCGCUGCACGGGAAGCCUUUGCCCUUGGGGGCUUGAGCUGUGCUGGGGCCUGGAGCUCCUGCCCGCCCCAUCCCCCUCCUCGUAGCGCAUGGCUGCCUGGAGGCAGGUGCUCUGCCAGCAUUGGGCAGCCCCCACUCUCUGCUCCCCUGUCCUCUUCACAUGGCAGUAGCUCUGGGCACCCCAACAAACCAUAUUAUGUUCCAGGGACACCCACCCCAAGACCCCUCCAUGGAAAGCUGGAAUCUCUGCAUGGCUGUGUGCAGGCAUUGCUCCGGGAGCCAGCCCAGCCAGGGCUGUGGGAGCAGCUUGGGCAGCUGUACGAGUCAGAGCAUGACAGUGAGGAGGCCAUACGCUGCUACCACAGCGCCCUUCGAUAUGGAGGAAGCUUGGCUGAGCUGGGGCCCCACAUCAGUCGACUACAGCAGGCCCAGCUCUGGAACUUUCAUGCUGGUUCCUGCCAGCACCGAGCCAAGGUCCUGCCCCCACUGGAGCAAGUAUGGAACUUGCUGCACCUUGAGCACAAGCGGAACUACGGGGCCAAGCGGGGGGGUCCCCCAGUGAAGCGCGCCGCUGAAUCCCUAGUGGUGCAGCCCGUGCCUCCUGUGGUACUGUCAGGGCCCUCGGGGGAGGAGGGCCUCAGCCCUGGAGGCAAGCGCAGGAGAGGCUGCAACUCUGAGCAGACUGGCCUUCCCCCAGGGCUGCCACUGCCACCACCACCAUUACCACCACCGCCACCACCGCCACCACCACCACCGCCGCCACCACCACCCCUACCCCUGCCUGGCCUAGCCACCAGCCCUCCAUUUCAGCUGACCAAGCCAGGGCUGUGGAGUGCCAUGCAUGGAGAUGCCUGGGGCUCCGAGCGCAAGGGUUCAGCACCCCCAGAGCGCCAGGAGCAGCGGCACUCGCUGCCUCACCCAUAUCCAUACCCAGCUCCAGCCUACACUGCGCAACCCCCUGGCCACCGGCUGGUCCCGGCUGCACCCCUAGGCCCAGGCCCCCGCCCCCCAGGAGCAGAGAGCCAUGGCUGCCCUCCUGCCACCCGUCCCCCCGGAAGUGACCUUAGAGAGAGCAGAGUUCAGAGGUCGCGGAUGGACUCCAGCGUUUCACCAGCAGCAACCACCGCCUGUGUGCCUUACGCCCCUUCCCGGCCCCCCUGCCUCCCUGGCACCACCAGCAGCAGCAGUAGCAGCAGCAGCAGCAGCAACACUGGUCUCCGGGGCAUGGAGCCGAGCCCAGGCAUUCCCAGCGCUGACCAUUACCAAACUCCCGCACUGGAGGUCGCCUCUCACCAAGGCCGCCUGGGGCCCUCGACACAUAGCAGUCGGAAACCUUUCCUGGCAGCUCCCGCUGCCGCUCCCCAUCUGUCCCUGCCACCUGGACCCCCCUCACCUCCCCCACCCCCCUGUCCUCGCCUUUUACGCCCCCCACAUCCCCCUGCUUGGCUGAAGGGCCCAGCCUGCCGGUCAGCCCGUGAAGAUGGAGAGAUCUUAGAGGAUCUCUUCUUUGGGGCUGAGGGACGCCCUCGCCCUCCUCCACCACCCCUCCCGCACCGUGAGGGCUUCUUGGGGCCUCUGGCCCCCCGUUUUUCUGUGGGCACUCAGGAUUCGCACACCCCUCCUACCCCCUCAACCACCAGCAGCAGCAGCAGCAGCAGCAGCAGCAGCAGCAGCAGCAGCAAUGGCAGCCACAGCAACAGCCCUACUGGGCCUGUCUCCUACCCCCCACCUCCUUAUUUGGCCAGAACUAUGGACCCCCUUUCCCGGCCCCCCAGUCCCACACUGAGCCCCCAGGAGCCACCUCUUGCACCCCUAACUCUUGCCCUGCCUCCAGCCCCUCCCUCCUCCUGCCACCAAAAUACCUCAGGAAGCUUCAGGCGCUCGGAGAGCCCUCGGCCCAGGGUCUCCUUCCCAAAGACCCCCGAGGUGGGGCCAGGGCCAUCCCCAGGCCCCCUGAAUAAAGCCCCCCAGCCCGUGCCGCCGACAGUUGGGGAACUGCCUGCCCGAGGCACGCGACUCUUUGAUUUUCCCCCUCCCCCACUGGACCAGUUUGAAGAGCCCGCUGAAUUCAAGAUCCUACCUGAUGGGCUGGCCAACAUCAUGAAGAUGCUGGAUGAAUCCAUUCGCAAGGAGGAGGAGCAGCAACAACAGGAGACAGGCGUAGCCCCCCCGCCCCCCUUGAAGGAGCCCUUUGCAUCUCUGCAGCCUCCAUUCCCCACUGACACAGCCCCCACCACCACUGCUGCCGCCACGGCCGCCACUACCGCCGCCGCCACCACCACCACUGCCACCCAAGAACAGGAGAAGAAGCCACCGCCAGCCCUACCACCACCGCCUCCACUAGCCAAGUUCCCUCCACCCCCCCAGCCACAGCCGCCGCCGCCCGCACUACCCCCAGCAGCUAGCCCAGCCAGCCUGCUCAAAUCCUUGGCCUCUGUGCUAGAGGGACAAAAGUACUGUUACAGGGGGUCUGGAGCAGCUGUUUCUACCCGUCCUGGGCCCUUGCCCACCACUCAGUAUUCCCCCAGUCCCCCAUCAGGUGCUACCGCCCCGCCCCCCACCUCAGUGGCCCCUAGCGCCCAGGGCUCCCCACAGCCCUCUGCUUCCUCGUCAUCUCAGUUCUCUACCUCAGGCGGGCCCUGGGUCCGGGAGCACAGGGCAGGUGAAGAGCCAGCCCUGGGCACUGUGACCCCUGCCCCGCCGCCCCCACCCCUGCCUCUGCCCCCUGCUCGUUCUGAGUCUGAGGUGCUAGAAGAGAUCAGUCGGGCUUGCGAGACCCUAGUGGAACGGGUGGGCUGGAGUGCCACAGACCCAGCAGGCCCAGUGGACACGGCAGACCCUGUGGACACGGCAGACCCAGUGGACAGUGGGACUGAGCGACUGCCGCCUCCUGCCCAAGCCAAGGAAGAGAGUGUUGGGGUGGUGGCGGCAGCAGGCGGCAGCAGGCGGCAGCAGAAGGAGCACCAGAAGGAGCAUCGGAGGCACAGGCGGGCUUGUAAGGACAUUGUGGGUCGGCGGCCCCGUGAGGGCAGGGCAAAGGCCAAGGCCAAGGCCCCCAAAGAGAAGAGCCGCCGGGUGCUUGGGAACCUGGACCUGCAGAGCGAGGAGAUCCAGGGUCGUGAGAAGGCCCGACCUGAUGUUGGUGGGGCCUCUAAGGCCAAGCCACCCCCAGCUUCUGCUCCUCCACCAGCUCCUGUACCCUCUGCCCAGCCCACAUCUGCAUCGGCUCCUAUACCUGGGAAGAAGUCUCGGGAGGAAGCUCCAGGGCCACCAGGUGUCAGCCGGGCUGACAUGCUGAAACUGCGAUCACUCAGUGAAGGGCCACCUAAGGAGCUGAAGAUCCGGUUGAUCAAGGUAGAAAGUGGUGACAAGGAGACCUUUAUCGCCUCUGAGGUGGAAGAGCGGAGGCUGCGCAUGGCAGACCUCACCAUCAGCCACUGCGCUGCUGAUGUCGUGCGCGCCAGCAAGAACGCCAAGGUGAAAGGGAAAUUUAGAGAGUCCUACCUUUCCCCUGCUCAGUCUGUGAAACCGAAGAUCAACACUGAGGAGAAGCUGCCCCGGGAAAAACUCAACCCACCCACACCCAGCAUCUAUCCCUGUCUCCUGGUCGCCCCUCAGCUGGAGAGCAAACGGGAUGCCUUUUCACCAGUGUUGCUGCAGUUCUGUACAGACCCUCGAAACCCCAUCACCGUGAUCCGGGGCCUGGCGGGUUCCCUGCGGCUCAACUUGGGCCUUUUCUCCACCAAGACCCUGGUGGAGGCGAGUGGCGAGCACACGGUGGAGGUGCGAACCCAGGUGCAGCAGCCCUCAGAUGAGAACUGGGAUCUGACGGGCACUCGACAGAUCUGGCCCUGUGAGAGUUCCCGUUCCCACACCACCAUUGCCAAGUAUGCGCAGUACCAGGCCUCAUCCUUCCAGGAGUCUCUGCAGGAGGAGAAGGAGAGUGAAGAUGAGGAGUCCGAGGAGCCAGACAGCACCACAGGAACCCCUCCUAGCAGCGCACCAGAUCCGAAGAACCAUCACAUUAUCAAAUUUGGCACCAACAUCGACCUGUCUGAUGCCAAGCGGUGGAAGCCACAACUGCAGGAGCUGCUGAAGCUGCCUGCAUUCAUGCGGGUAACAUCCACCGGUAACAUGCUAAGCCACGUGGGCCACACGAUCCUGGGCAUGAACACAGUGCAGCUGUACAUGAAGGUCCCUGGCAGCCGAACGCCAGGCCACCAAGAGAACAACAACUUCUGCUCCGUCAACAUCAACAUUGGACCAGGCGACUGCGAGUGGUUCGCGGUGCACGAGCACUACUGGGAAACAAUCAGUGCUUUCUGCGACCGGCACGGUGUGGACUACCUGACAGGUUCCUGGUGGCCAAUCCUGGAUGACCUCUAUGCUUCCAAUAUCCCUGUGUACCGCUUCGUGCAGCGCCCUGGAGACCUCGUGUGGAUUAACGCAGGGACCGUGCACUGGGUGCAGGCCACCGGCUGGUGCAACAACAUUGCUUGGAACGUUGGGCCCCUCACCGCCUAUCAGUACCAGCUGGCCCUGGAACGAUACGAGUGGAACGAGGUGAAGAAUGUCAAAUCCAUUGUGCCCAUGAUUCACGUGUCCUGGAACGUGGCUCGUACCGUCAAAAUCAGCGACCCUGACUUGUUCAAGAUGAUCAAGUUCUGCCUCCUGCAGUCCAUGAAGCACUGCCAGGUGCAACGGGAGAGCCUGGUGCGGGCAGGAAAGAAAAUCGCGUACCAGGGCCGGGUCAAGGAUGAGCCUGCCUACUACUGCAACGAGUGCGACGUGGAGGUGUUCAACAUCCUGUUCGUGACGAGUGAGAACGGCAGCCGCAACACUUACCUAGUGCACUGCGAGGCCUGUGCCCGGCGCCGCAGCGCGGGCCUCCAGGGCGUGGUGGUGCUGGAGCAGUACCGCACCGAGGAGCUGGCGCAGACCUACGACGCCUUUACGCUGGCCCCCGCCAGCACGUCUCGAUGAGGCCGGAUGCCCCGCCCGCCUGCCCGCUGCAGGGCGCCGCGGGGCCACCAGCACACGCCUGGGCUGGACCUAGGUCCCGCCUCUGGCCGGGAAGGGGGUCGGGCCCAGCCCUUCCACCCCAUUGGCAGCUCCCCUUCACUUAAUUUAUUAAGAAAAAAAAUUUUUUUUUUAACAAAUAUGAGGAAAAAAGGAAAAAAAAAAAAGGGAGACGGGGGAGGGGGCUGGCAGCCCCUCGCCCACCAGCGCCUCCCCUCACCGACUUUGGCCUUUCUAGCAACAGACACAAGGACCAGGCUCCGGCGGCGGCGGGGGUCACAUACGGGUUCCCUCACGCCUGCCAGCCGCCUGCCCGGCGCAGAUGCGCGCGGCUCGUGUAUGUACAUAGAUGUUACGGCAGCCGAGGUUUUUUAAUGAGAUUCUUUCUAUGGGCUUUACCCCUCCCCCAGAACCUCUUUUUAUUUCCAAUGCUAGCUGUGAUCCCUGUACAUGUCUCUGUUUAUUCACUUGGUUAUGAUUUGUAUUUUCUGUUUUUUUGUUUGUUUUUGUUUUUAAUUUAUAACAGUCCCACUUACCUAUUUAUUCAUUUUUGGGAAAACCCGACACCCCCGCACCCCCCAAGCCAUCCUGCCCGUCCUUCCAGGGGCCGCCCGCCCGCCGCCGCUGGGCUUUCCCUCCGCCCCAGUGUGGCCCAACCGUCUCCACCCACCCGCCGCUCCAGCCGGGUUCUCAUGGUGCUCAAACCCGCUCCCCUCCCCUACGUCCUGCACUUUCUUGGACAAGUCCCCCCA